AUGGCUUUAGAAGAAUUCACACUUACAGUAUUGGGUGCUGGUGUCAUGGGCACUGCUGUGUCAUCAGCAAUCUUAAAUUCGCUGGUGAAACCAUACCCUAAAAAAGUUAUCUUAUGUACGCCUCAACCUACAGAUACGCUUAAGGAAACAUUUGACAAAUUUGACAAUGUUGAAUACUCUUUUACCGCUGAAGGAAACAAGAAGGCAGUUAAGGAGGCCGACAUCAUCUUAUUGGCUGUAAAACCAUUUAUGUACCAACAAGUGUAUGACGAAGUUAAAGAUGCAUUAACCGGCGAUCAGCUUUUGAUUUCACUCCUCGCAGGGACUACUAUCAAUGAGUUAUCUAUAUUUACCAAAAAUGUUGCCAAAGUCAUGACCAAUACACCUGCUAGGUAUGGUUGUGGAACUGCAGCCAUUGCAUUCUCACCAGACGUGUCCCAGGAACAACAGGAGCUUGUUAAGAAAUUGAUUGAACCUGUAGGAUUGACUGUUUGCAUCCCAGAGAAAAAUAUGGAUAUAGCCACAUCACUUAUUGGCUCGGGUCCAGCAUUUUGUCUCUUGAUGAUGGAGUCUAUGAUUGAUGGUGCAGUGAGAAUGGGUAUGCCCUAUGACGUGGCAAGGGUCUCAGCGGCAAAAGUGAUGGAAGGUACCGCCAAGAUGCUUUUGGAAACUGGCGACCACCCAGCUGCAUUGAAGAGCAAAGUGUGUACACCAGGUGGUACCACCAUCGGUGGUUUAUUAAAGAUGGAGGAUGGUGCACUUAGAAGUACAAUUGCGAGAGGUAUUGAAGAGGCUGCCAACAUAUCAGCAUCUUUUGCGAAAAAAUAG